CUUAGUCUUGACGGCAGCCAUGUUGGUUUGUUCCUCCUUUUGAUUGCGUUGCUUGUAUUGACUGGAAUUGUGCAUUUUUGAUUGUGAAUUGAGGCACUCUUCCAGAAUUGGAAACACUCUGUGUUACAAAGCAACCAAACAUUAUCUUUUGGACGAAUCUGUACGUGUUCUAUCCGGACAGGACAGAAUAGCAUUUAUUUACUGUGACUGAGAUUAUAUUGAAAAUCAUUUAGUGGACUUCGCUCGAGAUAAUCCAGCAACCGUUAUCUAUGUAAAGCCACGAAGAAAUAGACCUCCUCUUCUAGUUGCUGAGUAUCUAUGUGGUAACUGGCAGUAUGUACGUGCAAAAGAUAUGACUUGUGAAGAAAUUGCUAACUGGAUCAAUUUCUUACGCACUCGUUCUGGAGUGAAUAUUUUUCCAAUGUAUAAAUACUGGUCAACUAAACGCCCUUCAAUUCAAGGCAUGUGGCAUCCGUUUUACGAACCCUUAUAUAAUCAAACAGUUUUAAAAACACCCAAUGAAAUUGUAAGAAACAUUGGUCAGCUUUGUCAAAAUAAACAAAAUGUGUUAUCAGCCGAAGAAGUACUGUUAGAAAAAGCAAAACUUCAACAAUAUCGUCUGUCUGACUUAUCCAGUAGGAUUUCGUUUGUCAACCCUGUCUGUCUUCGCGUCGGAUGAUUUCCUCAAAAUCAGUUGCAAACUUCGUAUACUUCAGCACUAACAAUAUUCACAAAAUCGGUGAAUCUCUUAAAUGUGGGCCUUUUAUACUGUGAGAACUCUCAUAAACGUCAUAUAAGUGACUGAAUCAUAAAGGUUAGUCUGAAAGAAAUUAUGUUCCAUUGUAUUCACUACCUGUCCAGGUCAGUCUAUCAUAUUUGAGGUCAGUUGCACCAAUCACAUAAAGACAUUGAAAUUCGGCUAACCAAACGGAAGUGAUUAUAACAGGGUCUGGAUGUUUGGUCGUAUGUUGAUAGCCAGUUGUAGAGAAGAUAUAACUCCAAAUCGUAAUAUAGAUUAUAUGAUUGGUCAAUGUGAAUACUCAUUCUGUAUUAAUUCACAAUUUUCCAUAUACUGAUUCACGUAAACCCCUAUUACAUCUGUUGUGAACAGUUGGGUGAAAUAUGAUUCUCAGUAGAAAAAUUUAUUCCUAAAUUAGACAGAAUCUAUUUAAUGUAUUUGAUAAAGACUGGUUAGCAUUGAUUUCUAUAAAUGAAUAUUGUAUAAAAGCUUUUGGCUUUACUGAGUCAGAUUGUACGUGUUCUUUAUCUAAUGUAAACGGGUCCACAUUCAAUCAUAAGAAACCAACACUACGACGAACAAACAAGUGGAAUCAUUGUGACGCUACGGAUGUUACAUGUUCCAAUAAAUUGAUUCAAUAAUCAAUAAUGUUACCCAGUAAAAGUUAGUAAAUAUAGAGCAACAGUUUAUAAAGAUCAUUCCUUCCAUUAUAUAAUAGAUAACGUAUUACCGAUGUUAAAUAUCCAUGGGAUAGUAGAGAAGCUUUGUAACUCAAACUGAUACUUCAAAGUCAACGUAUGACUGAUAAAGUGGGCUAGUGCAGAAAUAUCACGUUCCUGUGUGCACAUGCUAGCUUAAGGUCAAACAAUAGGUAAGAUAUGUGGAAGGAGACAUACGCAUGUGAGUACGUAUUAGUCGUGUACACUUUGAUUCGGUCGUCAGCUAGAGCUUCCCACACAUUCCUAGUCUUCUCACUUUUAUACCAGACUGGGGUUGAUAUGGAGAGUAUGUAUGUAUGUGUGUGGUUGGGUAACCGAAGAACAUAACACUGAUAUUAUUGUCCACGAUGACAAUGAAAUCUUACUAAGUUGUCUAACAUACAGAAUUUAUCACCACUAAAAUUUAGGUAGCCACGAAUGUAUAUCAUGAACAACUUUUCAGACAAAAAGGUUUUAAAUAAGUGUUCAAUAAUCUGGUGUUCAUCAAAAAGUUCAAUGAUUUUUUAUCCAUCAAAUGUUUUUGUUCUCACUUAUUAUUAACAAUAAGAAAAAGGAACAUUGGUAAUUCAUAAGUGUAUACAAUAAGUAUAAGUGUACUUAUUCGUUUGUAUCUGUCUGCGUGUGUAUUAGUAUACGUGUGUGUUUAUGUAUAAUUGCGUAUUACAAACAUAAUCAAAGGAUAGUAGUUGUGGUAGAAAAUGAAGGCAAUUAGAACAAAAACACACAACAAUCAGGUGGGAAAUUUUCGAUAUCCAUUUCGAUUUAUAUUCCUAUUUCUUUUUAGAUUCAUAAUAUCAUUAUGAAUAUAGCAUUAUAAAGUAUUCAUUGAACAAUUGCAAAAGAGAAUAUUUUAAAUACUAACAUUACAAAUAUGUAUUUAGAUAAUUUGCAGAUGUAUGUAUGUAUAAUAUAUACAAAAGAAUGUGCACAUACGUAUGUUAUUUUCUUUCACUUCAGAAUAAUCUUGUAAUGUUGACUUGUUCAUCACGGUCAUUCACAAUUAAACUUAAUGACCAUUUACAUUUAAUUAGUGUUCAACUCAAACAUUACUGACGAAAUAGUACUUGUGUACAAAUGAAAUUGAAUACGAAGAUAGUGUGUAUAUGUUAAUAGAGUAUCAGUUGUAAACGUCCUUGUCCAACAUUAUAUCAAUAGUCCUAAUGGUGGUCGUAAUAGUAGUAAUAUUAAACACAACAAAAAUGAUCAUGGUUUUAAAUGCAUCACAGUUCAUUCUUAAAUUUAAAAAAAAACAACUGAUUGAAAUGUAUUAAGUGGGUUAAAUACUGUGAAAAUGAUACUUGCGAAAACAGUGAACAACCAAAUAAAAAUCUAUAACUUUAGUGAAGAGAUUUAUACUGCUAUGUAGUAGUUUGACAUAAAUGUAAUUGUAAAUUUAGGAAGUGGUAUUAUUUUAAACAUGAUCUAGGUGAAUCAUUUUCUCUAUAAAAUUUCCAGCUCCUCAUAAAUAGCCUGUAGCACAUGCUAUUCGAAGGCAUUUGUUUGAUUUCAUUGCGCACAUCAUUUUCAAAGAAAAUCGAGUGUUCCACGAUCGCUUUCGUAUUUACAUGUCGUAAUAUCGGCCAAAAAUAAUACUCUUCAAAUUUCAUAUAAACAGCCCGGUCAAUUAGUUUGUUAGCUAAUUUAAUGUCAUGUGCUAAGAGCUUUUUAAAUGUUGCUGGCUCCAAGUUACCCAUGAGACCAAAAUGAAAAUUAUUCUUGGAAUGAAUGACUUCUGGUGAGUAAUUUGGUAGAUAUUGUCUUAAUAUGAAUGAGGCUUGCCUCAACUUUUUUGGCGAUGGACAUUUGAUAUGUAAAUAAUGAAAUAAUUUCAUAACCCGUGGGUUCUGUAGCCAAUGCCGUUUUUGUUCGCCAGUCCACUGGACUAUAUCCUGUACAAUUUCAAAUAGAUCAUAAUAUAUCUUUGUUUUCAGUUGUGUUUCAUAAAAUUUAACUAGUAUUCUAUCAUCACUAUCAUUACCAACAGUGUUUAUCUCGAACGAUGAUUUGAAACUCAACGAACAAUUGUCCACUUGGUAAUUGGACAUUGAGUCUGUUUUGUAGGUUAAUCUAAUUGUCUGGCGCCAUUUAUAGUCCAGGAGCAUCAACCACUGAUCUAGCAGUUCCGCUAGAGUAUUUGAUGUUACCUUAUUAAUAUUAGUCAUUGAAUGUUUGUUAAUAAGAAGUUUGAAAUCCCGAAAUGCUUGUCUAUAUUUAUCUAGGAUUUGUAAACUCAUAAGCAAUUCUGUUUGUACGAGUUUUGCAAGUUUAUUUUUCAGCAUGCUACAGUGCUUAAGUUUUGCUUUGUGAUGCAGUGUGUUGAAGUGAUAGGCAGGCGCUUCUAAAACUAACAUUUCUUGUGAACCUAUUUUCACAGUAUUACUUGAGGAUGAUGGAGAUAUUGUUGAGGUGCUAUUUACGUCCGACUGAUUGGAACCUUCUUUAUGCAUUGAAACGAAACGUUGGAAACUUGGGGAGUUUCUUUGUUUUUCAAUAACAGCUAGUAAUCCUUUUGGCUGGAAUCCAUAAACUUGCCACGUCGCUUCAGGUUGCCACAGUUGGUGAGUCCAACCGGAAGCUAAUGUAUAGGAUUUCUCAUCAAUUACAUUUAACGUUGGAGACGUUCCAUCAUAGAUUGUUGCGUUAGUAAAUGGAUUAGAAAGGAAGUGUUUUUGAGAUUCGUCGGUGAUGUCGUCUUCAGUUAGUCGGCGUUCAAAGCCUAUUCCAUGCCUUGAUGCUCUGAGGUGCCAUUCACAGUUAUCGGUUAGUGUCUGGUUAAUUAUACGCUGUGUAAAGAAGACAAUAAAUGAUGAGUAAAUGUACAUGAAAUAAACAACUUCUCAUUAUAUGGCUUCAAUGGAUAUUGAGUGUGUAAAUAUUUGAAUUAAAAAAACUUUCAAAUUCUCCUACUUUCUAUUUGUUUUGUCAAGUCUUGUGAAGUUUUAUCAAGCUUUUUAUCAAACCUGAGAACGAUAAAUACUACUCAUUAUGAGUGCUUACCCUAAUCAGUUUUUCGGGAAUCGAUAACUUAAUCGGAUUUCCAGUGAACGUCGAGAGUACAUAGAAUAUGUAAUCCAGUUGGAAAAGUAAACUGGUUAAAUCCAGAGUCUUUUAAGAUUAACAUUUAAAUACCAAAACAGAGACUCGCAUUUGUGUUGCGCCUUAGAAGAAUGAGAUGAUACUUUACGAAUGAACAAAGUGGAUCAAUUCAGCGAAAUAGUAGUUGAGGUAGUUAAGUGGAUUGGAUGUUUACAAACUCACAUUAGCCUUGAUAGAUUGGUACUAAACUAAUGAUUGAUAUAGAAUCAGACUAUUGACACUUUCCAACUUAUACUCCAUCAUCAAACAAAUUUAAGGUUGACGAAUUCCUCAAUAAAUGAUGACUCAACUCGAUGCUCAUUAGUCACUUACUACCACAUGAAUAUUCUGAAGUGCUAUUUAAAUGUCACCGCUCAUUAAAUAGAUUGAAACAAGAGUAGGGAAACGCCUACCAAGGAUGUUCAACACUAUUCAUGAACUGUUGAAAUCUGACCAUGCAGCUGAAUAGCAUAACUCCUGCUUAGGUCUGGGCACCCGGGAAGUAUCACAGUCCACACACAAAUCAAGUGACUUGUGUGGCGCAUAUAUAUUCUGAUAUGAUGGAAAGAAAAGUCAAUUUUCGAUUGAUUUACUCAUUAUGAGUUUAGUUCAAGGUUACUUCCAUUUUGACUCAAUAUAAUGAUUACUCAAUGUAGUAUUUGUUCUCUUUUCUCGUAUGAUAUUUUAUUCUAUAUAAUAUGCGAUAUUCUUGUAUUCCAUUGACAUGAACUAUGCUCAGUAUGUGAUUUGUUAUAAAUGUGAUUUCAUUCUAAUUAUUAAUCAAAAUGGGUGUACAAUCAAUAUAUAAAUGAGUGUAUUUUCUAAUAGGGUCGUCGUGUUUUGGGGUUAAUAAAUCAUCACUUAUACCAGUCUUUAUCUUCUUACUUCCGCGUCGUGUGAACUGCAGAGGUCCCUCGUUCCGAGUAUAAGUGGUAAGCGUUUCCGACAUAACAAUCAGCGACAACCAGAUACAAAAAGUAGCAUUAAAAGAACCAAGACAAUAAGCAUUCAAACGACAAGUUAUAACAUAUUCGGUGCCUGUUGGUACCAAAUGAAUAAUAAUCGCAUAACUAAGAAGCUAAAGCAAAACAGAAUAGCACUGAUUGCGUUUCAGUUUAUAGUAUUUAUCCAGUUGGGAUCAAUAUCUGUCCAAGGUCAGUGAUUCUUAAAUUACCAAAAUGUAUUGAGGC